CAAAACCACGACGACACGAUCAUCAUGCUCAUCUUUAGUUUAUGGGGUCGGAAUUGGUACUGGUGAUGGUGUCGAGUAUGCUGGGAGUGCAGUGUGGGGGCAGCCACGGACUGAUAACGACUCACAAGAAGAAAGUUAAGAAGGAAUGAAGCAUAAUGUGAGAAAUAUUGGAGAAAGUUGAGACUUUGGACCGAUUUUUGACUGGAUUGGGCGAGUAGAAGAAGUUGUGAAUAUAUAUUUAGAGGUGAAAGUGUGGAGAAAGUGCUCAUUUUAGAAUGGAGGCAAGUUGAGACAGCACUAGAAAUUCGUAGCAAUUAUUAAUGUUGAAUUGGUAAUACAAAUAAUUAGUAAAAUUUGAUUGACUCCACGCGUGCGUAACAAUUACAGUGUGAUAAAGCAAGGGAAAUCGUAACUUGGGGGCAAGUUGAGAUUCGUUUAGUCCAAACUUUCUCCAACUAACCGUAUUAUAAUUAACUACAUAAUUAUGGAGACUCGUGUCUUAAUCCCGUCGUCCCUCGCGGUGGUCGUGCUCCCCAGAAAACCAGCCCUUUCAAAAGAUCCAUGUCCAAAAAGGGGCGAGAAAAUGGAACUGGACGCCGUCGUCAGCAGCCAGCAUGUCGACGAGGUUUCUUCCUCAUCUUCUCCCCCCUCACGCAACAAAAAGUUGACAUCCGCCAUCAAAACGGAGACGAUUGACGUUGACGAGGGUGACGAAGCUGAGACGGAAGUCGCCGUAACCACGACGGACGAGGGCGAAGUAGACGACGAAGAGGAUGAGGAAGGAGCGUGCAGGAAAAAAUGUCGCAAAAAGACCAAGAAAACCAACAGGGCGAGAAUUGUGCGGGAUGUGGAUGAUUAUGAAACGACGUCUUCAUCUCCAUCCCCACCACCGCCAGGAGAACGACCUUUGGCCAGGAGGGGUUGUGUCAUCGUGGCGAAACACUUUCUCCCCAAGGGGACGAUUUUCCACGCGAACGAGGGUGGAAUACAACUCAUUCCAGACCUUGGAGAGGAACAGCUGCCCCCACUCCGUGGACAUGAUAUUCGUCUCGUGUUUGGCUGUGUCGAUCGCCUCAUUGUGGAAGGAGGGGAACGAUUCCGUGUCUGCAAUUGGGUCCGAUUUCUCUCCACUCGACACGACGCCAGUAAUGACGCCAAUGAUGACGCCGAUGGCGACGAGGAUUCUGCUUCUUCGUGUCCAAAUAUUAUCGGGACUUUCGCCUCGGGCCAGGUUGACUUCACUCUGACGAAGGAUGUCGGUCCAGGGGUCAAGUUGCUGUGCACCUUUGACAUCUCUUCGCUCACUGAACUUCGCGGUCUCGUCGCCAGUAAAGAUACCAGUAAUCUGCACCCCCUCGACUUAUCAGCGCCAGCACAACUGUACAAGAAGACUGAUGCCGGCGAUAAGCACGUCCAGCACCGCUAUCAUCGCCAUCAUCAUCACAUUCACCAAAUGCACGAUAAGAAGUUAUCUUCUCCAUCUCCCCCGGCGAAAAGGGUGGUGGUGGCGACGACGACGGCGACGAAUCUCCUCCCAUUCUCCAUCUCGUCCGUCCUCGCAGCUCCGCCAGCCUCGACUGGACGUCUCCCAAUCCUUCGGACACGUGGACGAGAACGCUCCCUGCUUCCGUGUGAAGUUUGUGGCAAGGCGUUUGACCGGCCGUCCCUCCUCAAGCGGCACAUGCGUACCCACACGGGCGAAAAACCUCAUGAGUGCGCUGUCUGUGGAAAGGGAUUUUCGACAAGUUCAUCCCUAAAUACACAUCGUCGCAUCCACUCGGGCGAAAAACCUCACGAAUGUCCCGUCUGCGGGAAGAGAUUUACAGCUUCCAGCAAUUUAUACUAUCACAGGAUGACCCACAACAAAGAAAAGCCACACAAGUGUCUAUGCGGCAAGUCGUUCCCGACCCCCGGGGACCUGAAAUCACAUCAGUACGUCCACUCCGGAAGUUGGCCCUACACCUGUCCAAUCUGUCAUAGAGGUUUUUCCAAACAGACGAAUUUACGCAACCAUUUACUCCUCCACUCCGGAGAUAAGCCUCAUUCUUGCCAUAUCUGCAGCAAAAAAUUUGCCUUGGCCUGUAAUUUGCGAGCACAUUUGCGAACCCACGAAGAAGAAGAGCAACAACAACAACAGCAGCAGCAGAACAAGAUGGAAACGUCGCCAGGAUUGGAGACAGAAACUAAAAUGGGAACAUUUCUACCUAAUUCGACGACGACGCGACAUUCGUCACCUUCUUCUGCAGCGGCGGCGGCUGCUUUUGCAUUUUUAGGGAGUGGUCAUCAUCGGACCCAGGAAUCUCCUUUGGCAUCCUACCCACCCACGACAACUACGAGCACCACGUCGUCCCCAGGAAGUCACACCCUUCUCCUCCCCCCACCAAUGAACCCCUUCCUCGAACAACUUUUUCAGUGGAACUACCGUUUCGCCAAAGAGACGGCCGGUUCCUUGAAUAUGAUGCAGCAAAAACUCUUGGAGUCGCAAAUGCUGGCUGCACACUUGAUGAUUGGGCAGCCCCAAGAGGUGGCAGGACAACAGCAAGGUCAAGGUCAUCCCGUUGGUGGGGGGAUGGAGAGACUCCUCCCACAUUUGGUCCCCUUCUCCGUGUCAGACCUCCUUCGAAGUUCGGCGGGAAGCCACUUGAACAGGAUGGUGGCGACAAGUUCACUCAGCCUGGCGGGGCUGGGAGCAUACCACCCACUUCAUCUUAAUCACCAGGGUGGUGGUGGAGGAGGUGGGGACCGGGUGGGAGUGGCUGGAACGGCGUCAUUGUUUUCGCACGAUCUCAACAAAUUUAUGUAGUAAAUAUUUAGUAUUGCAUAAGGUUAAACAAAUGUCUGUUUAGUAUUUGAAAUGUUAUGAUAAUUAAUUUAGUCUUUAUUGAUUGCAUAUAAAUAAAUAUGUCAAGUAAUAAA